AUGUCAUGUCUGUCAUCGUGCCUCGAACGCGCUCUGAGUUUUUGCCUCUCUCGCCCUAAUGUGACGAAAUCCGCGCAAAUUUCGUGUUUCCAAUACAAAUCUAAUCAGACAAAGUAAACUCGCCAAUUUCCCAGUACGUAAAUAAUCGCGUAGGGUGUUAUCCGUCGCGAAAAACUCUCUCGUUUUCCAGGAAAUCGGUGACGAGCAGGGCUCCAAUCUGGACGGUCGCGAGUUUUCCUUGCGCUGGAGCGAAGUGAAGUGAAAAUAGCAGAAGUGGACACUCAUCGGCCGCAGUAGUGGGUGCUUUGUUUACGGUGUUUACCUAAUUUCAUCAGCAAGUGCGUGGUAAGUGCAAUGUGGAGCCGUGAAAACGCAGGUGACCGUGUUCUGUGAACGAGAGUGCCGUAGGCAGUGUUGACGCGAAACCCGCCCAAGAACGUUUGGAAGGACACCGUGUGCGGUGGUAGGUGGACGGACGGGUGAAGUGAUCUGCGUGGAAAAUGCACAGCAUGGAGAGGAAUAUCGCCAACCAGAACCCGUCCAUCAUGGAACCGAUCGAGUCUAAUUCGCUUAUCAAGGAUCAACUGUAUGAUGCCAUGAAACAACCCGAUGUCGUGUGUGACUCUGACCUGCAGUCCAUAACAAUAAUAUCCGCAAGUUGUGAUGAACCCGCCGUUAAUCAUGAAAAUCGACAUUGCAUACUUCUGAUGAAUGAACAGGAAAAUCUUUUGGUCCCAACUUCGGAUAAAUUCUGCAAACAACUCGGAUGUCAAACCACGGAUAAAAUUAAGGUCGUUUCAAUCUUUGGCAACACAGGGGACGGAAAAUCGCAUACCAUGAAUCAUACAUUCUUCCGUGGUCAAGAAAUUUUCCGUACAAGUUCCGAGCAAAACUCAUGCACGAUCGGUGUGUGGGCGGCAAUGCAAAAAGGUGAGAAAAUGGGAGUAUUGUGUUUGGACACGGAAGGUCUGCUAGGAACGACAACGAACCCCAACCGGCGAAUGAGAAUGUUGUUGAAGGUUCUUGCAAUAUCGGAUAUUGUGAUAUACAGAACGCGGUCGGAGCGAUUACACAGCGACAUGUUCGAGUUCUUAGGGACAGCUUCCAAGGCAUUUUGCUUGCAUUUCGAGACAGCAUUGCAAACUAUCGAGCCUGGCUCUGCGAAGUCUCUCGGUCCAGCUGUUAUCAUAUUUCAUGAAACUCGAAACACUAAGCCAUUAGAAUCCUCAGUCGAAGAAAGUGCCGAAGACAUUCUGCGUGCACGUUUUGCAAAAAUGAAUAUGGACACAGAAGCAUUUAGUUCCCUUCGCUACGUAGGCGUCCAAUCGGAGAAUCGUCCCACUGACUAUGGCAAAAUUAUCGACGCUGUCCAAUCGGAAAUUGAAAAUACUGCCGUACGAUCGCCACGCCAGCCCAGAGUGGUAUUCAAAGCAAUACGAGCCUUAAAUGAAAAAUUUUCCGGUGAAAUAACUGAGAAACCGAUUAAUCCAUUUCCUGAACAAUAUUUCACGUGCACGGUACAUUGCGAAUCAUGCAAACGACGCUGCCAACGAUCUAUGGGACAUGAUAAAGAAGGCGAGAAUCAUUUUAAUUCAAAUUUAUGUUUAUAUCAGCACCAGUAUGAGAACAAGGUGUAUUUGUGUAAAUUGUGCCAUACUAAUGGGCGGGAGGUUCGCGUUUCUAUCACAUCCCAAACAAACAACGAUAGUUCCUGGUAUGGCUUAGCAAAGUAUGCAUGGAGUGGAUCAGUUAUUGAGUGCCCGAAUUGUGGGGAAAUUUACAGAUCCAGGCAGUAUUGGUACGGAAAUAAGUCGCCAGAAGAUACAGCCGUAAGUUCAAUUCUCAGAUCCGAAAUCGUUCAUGUCUGGAAAGGCGAUGGUAUAUUGGCAAGAGGUCCUAAACAUUCAGCGCAAAUGGUCCUGGAUGGAGUGUCGUUUCUAUCAGAGAAAGUUAGUAGCUUAGGAUCGCAACAUUCGAAGGCUUUAUCGGAUUGGAUGGCAGAUAAGGUGGCGCCCACAUAUUGGAAACCAAAUGCUGAGAUAAUUAAAUGUUUCGCUUGUAAAAAGAAUUUUGAAAAGACUGGACUGAGAAAGCACCACUGCCGUGGCUGCGGGGAAGGUUUCUGUGAUGCAUGCACAAAGCAUAAAAUGCCAGUACCACAUCGCGGUUGGGCUGAGCCCGUACGUGUAUGCAGCGAUUGUCGUCAGGAUUUACUAAAAAGACAGGAAUCAAGCUCGUCGUCAGCUGUUAAAAAAUUAGAUAACAAUCUACCAAAACCAUGUACCGUCGCAGGAGCCGUCGCGCCUAACGAUGAAUCUGAUGUCCUUGUGAGGAAAUAUAGUGAGGCUGUUUUUAAUACGUUUAGUUCGGUCGCAUCGGUUUUAGAAUAUCCAAAAGAUCUAAUAAAAGACUCAGCGCGCCCCUCCUACUGGGUACCCGACAGUGAAGCACCGAAUUGUGCAAUCUGCAAUAUUCUCUUUGGAACUGCUGAAGAAAUAGAGAACGCCAAAUCAAUGGGACUAUUGGACGAUCGGAGCCCAACUCAUAGCAGUCGUAACAACUAUAGCGAUUAUCGCCGUCAUCAUUGUCGAGCUUGCGGAAAGGCAGUAUGUGAAUUAUGUUCAAAGACUCGACGUCCUGUUCCGGAGCGCGGAUGGGAGAGCGAUGUACGUGUCUGUGAUGCAUGCGUAGAUGUUAAGCCAAAAAUUGAAUGACAUACUCGCAUAAAGUAAGACAAAAUUGUGGUGUGAAUAUUGGAUCAGUGGUGAUGAUUGAUGGUUUUGAAAAUUGAAAAUUUUGGGUACUUUUUCUGGUCGAUAAAUUCUCUAACUCGGGUGUCUUGCUCUUUAGUCUCAGAGGUCUCCUAAACUCACCAGAAGCUUGCAUUUGAUAUGCCUAAUGAAUAUAUUUCUCGAAUGACACUCAAUGUUGGUUAGUUUUCGAUCUUGUUUUCCCAGGCACGAACCCUAGCUCGUCAUGGAUGUUUGUGUUCGUCUUUGUGCUUUUCAGCAUCAAAUGUGAUGAUAACAAAAUUGAAGCAAAGUCUUAAUGGAAACUGAUUGAGCGUAAAUCCGCCCAUACUUUGGACCAAAGCUUGGCCAGAGCUAAAAGUUUUUUUAGGAUUGCGGGGUCCUAAGUCCGCAUCCACUUGAUGUCGGACCGGGCGGAUUUAC